GCUGAAGUAUCUAAGGAGCAACGUAAACCAUCAAAAUGGCAUGAUGUUGAUGCAGCCAUGGAUGAAAAGUCUGGUGGCUACAACGAUAACACUUUACCCAACGAAUUUGCCAAGCUCGACCUGAAUGAAUACCAUGGUGCAGGUUCUGCCUCGUUAGAUACCGACCUUCUUGCGAAAUACUCUCGACGCUUCCAUGAAAAUAGCAAAAAUCUCUUGGCCAUGAGUGCUCUUAUCGGAAACGAUCCUACCCGUGUCCUUGUCAAUCGAAAAGCCGCUUUGGAAGACAAGCAUGUCUUUAACGUCAAAUUGGACUUGGAAGGCUCUGCUACGAACCAAAAGUCGAGCGGCCGCUGUUGGUUGUUUGCUGGAUGCAAUGUGAUGCGUUUAGCGGUCAUUGAGAAAUACAAGCUGUCGGAUGAUUUUGAGCUUUCGCAAAGUUAUUUGUUUUUCUAUGAUAAACUUGAAAAGGCCAAUUGGUUCCUGGAAAAUAUGAUUGAUCUGGCUCAAGAAGAUAUCAAUGAUCGAGUGGUUCAAUAUUUGUUGCAGGAUCCAGUAGGUGAUGGUGGUCAAUACGAUAUGUUGAUCAAUUUAGUAGAAAAAUACGGUGUAGUACCCAAAUCCGUAUAUCCUGAAACUUAUUCGAGUUCCAACUCCAGAAGAUUGAACUAUUUGGUUACAGUCAAGUUGAGGGAAUUCACGACUCAGAUCCGUAAAGCUGUUCGAAAGGGUGAAAACGACCAAGUGGUGCGCGCUAUGAAGGCAAAAAUGAUGGAGGACAUUUACCGGAUCAUGGUUAUCAUGCUGGAUGAACCUCCUUUGGAAUUUAAUUGGCAAACGCAAGAUAAGAACGGCAAAUACGUUAGCGUUUCAAAUUUGACGCCGCAGAAAUACUUCCGUGAGGUGGUUGGAUUUCCUAUUUCACAAAUGGUCUCACUUAUCAACGAUCCACGUAACGCUUAUAACAAGCUCUAUACAGUAGAUCGUCUGGGUAAUAUUGUGGGUGGCGGUCCUAUCCGUUAUAUCAACACUACUUCCGAAAACCAAAAGCAAUUAGCCGUUAACGUGCUCAAAUCCAAUCGUCCUGUCUGGUUCGGCUGUGACGUAGGACAAUUUAGCAACAAUGAGUUAGGCGCUAUGGAUACAAAGAUUUAUGAUUACAGUUUAGCUUUCAAUGUGGAGUUUAAUUUGACCAAGGAAGAAAGAUUAUUGUAUAAGGAGAGUAUGAUGACUCACGCUAUGGUUUUCACUGGGGUGCAUCUGGAUGAAAAUGGCAAACCCGUUCGCUGGCGUGUAGAGAACUCUUGGGGCGCCGAUACGACGGGUGAUAAAGGCUUCUGGGUCAUGACGGAUGAGUGGUUCUCUUCCUUUGUGUACCAAAUUGUACUUCAUAAGAAAGACGUGCCUCGUCGACUGGUCGAUAUCUUGGAUACGGAGCCAAUUGUUUUGCCUGCAUAUGACCCAAUGGGCGCUUUGGCAUCCCCUCAUUAACCUUAUUUAUAAAAAGAAAAGGCUCACACAUACACAUCAAAAGCAGAUACCACUAUCCUAUUCGUUAGAUAACCAAUCAUGUGCUGUAUUGAUUAAGUUGGACAAACAGAGCUUGUCUGUGUCCAACGGGGAGCCCUCUUUUUUGCAUGAUUCUUACAAUAAAAGAUACGAUAAAUGAUAAAGAUAACAAAAUGGCUUUAUGAAACCGGAAAAAAAAAAGUCUAAAAUGGUGCAAUAUGUAUUAGAACGGAUCUUUUGUAUUCAUAUCUUCUGUACUGCAAAGAAAUAUAUCUGAAUGAUGAAGUAACCAAAGUCAGUCAUCCAACCUUUUUGCAUUUGCGUUCAAAUAAG